CAUAGAUUUACGUCAAGAUAGGUUUUUUCUUCUUCUCUCUAUUGGGAAUCGCAAAGCUCUUUCACGUAAAACAUUACAAUCGUCGUUGAGAAGAGACGAAUUGGUUUUUUUUUUUUUUUUUUUCUAUAAAGCUUCGAAAUUUAAGGAGAUUUUCUGGGUAAAUUUGAGAAAGAAUCAAAAUUUAGGGUUUUUUUUUCAGGGUAAAUUUGAAAUGAAGCCACACGAGGAUUGGGUUUAUGAAUCAUGGACUGUAGAUUGUGUUUGUGGUGUGAAUUUUGAUGAUGGUAAAGAGAUGGUUGAUUGUGAUGAAUGUGGUGUAUGGGUUCAUACAUGGUGUUCUCGUUAUGUUAAAGAAGAUGAUUUGUUUGUUUGUCAUAAGUGUAAGAAGAAGAUCAAAAACAAUGAUAUCGAAAAGUUAUCUGUUACUAAAUCAAUGAGGAUGGGGAAUGUAUCUGGUCAGAUGAGUGAGACUGUUCCAAUAUUGAAGACUUGUUCAGAGAUACCAAUUGAAGAAAGGGUUCAUGUACAAGGUGUUCCUGGUGGUGAUUUGGCUCUGUUUGAAUGUGUUUCUUCGGUUUUUACGCGUCAGCUUUGGAAGUGUAGUGGUUAUGUGCCUAAGAAGUUUAGGUUUCAGUAUAAGGAGUUUCCUUGUUGGGAUGAGAUUGAGAAGAAGGAUGAUGUUUGUGAGAUUGGGGAUGAUGAUGAUGAGGAUACUUGUGCUGGUGUUUUGUUGUCUAUGUCGAAAGAGAACGUCGUGGAUGGUAGGAAUUUGGGUUCUAGAGAUAUUGAGAUGAAACAUUCUCGGAGUGGUGUGGAUAAAGAGAAGAGCUUGCUGUUUCCUUUGAGUGCGAAUAAGCGGAGAAAAGAAUCCUCGGGGGGUUUUGAUGAUCGGGUUUAUAAGAAGGUUAAAGUUGCGGGUAAAGAGGAAGAAGGUGAGAAGAAAGCGGUUUUGUGAGCAGAACUUGUUAUUGUUCUAGUCCUUACAAUGCUAUAUAAGGAGGCUUUGAUUUGGAUGUAGGAGAGACAUUGUAUGUCUCACAACCAAACAUUUCUAACUUUUAUAGGAAUUUAAGUUUAUUUUUUUGAAUUA